GGGGCGGUUGCCAAGCGGCGGCGUCCGCAGCACGGACUGAGGCACCGGCGUGGCCCGAGGGUCCGGGAGAAGCAACCAUGUCCAUCGCCUACUCCAACACCAGCCUGAGGGUGCCCGCCGGCUUCCGGAACCUGCUGGAGGGGCUGGCGCGGGAAGUGCUGCAGGAACAGCCCACCGAUGUGGUGGCCUUUGCAGCUCAGCACUUCCAAAAACUGCUGGAGCAGAGAGAGGCUGGUGGCAUUGACCCAGUGGCGUGGGGAGCCAUGCUGGAGGAUGACCGUCUCACCUGGCCCCCUUCCCAGGAGGCCAAGGACACAGAGGAGAAGCGGGCAGCACCAGGGGGAGCAGGCAGCACGCAGAGCCCUGGAUCACCGUGAUUCUGCCCCAAAAUGCAUGGAGAGGAGCUGAAGGGGAGCACGUCCCCAUAACCCUCAUGAACUGGGACACCUCUCCGGAGAUGCAACUGCAGCACUUGCCCCACAUCCCCCAUUUCCCACUGUCCAACCCCAAAACUAAAAAAAAACCUCUUGGUGCUCUCCUGGCUCCUGCCCUUUUCCCGUGGGCGGGUGCAGCACUCCCAUCCCGCCCCUGCGGUGCUGUUUUAAUGAGGAAUUUUAUUAACGAGGUCCCCGCCGUUAUUAGCACCGAUCACCUGAGAUUUCUCCCCGAAAAAUCCUGGGUUUGGGGCUGAGCUGAGCACGGGAUGAUAUUUUUAGCCUCUAUAUUUAGGCCCCUGCAUCCCUGGAGGUUGGAAGAAACUUCAUAACAUCCCAGCGCGAGGGAAUGAUGUGACAUUGCACCUCUCCUACCCCCCUCCAUAAGCUGAGAUACCUCCAUGGAAUUUUGGGGUGCACACAAGGGCCCCCCAUUCCUAUUCCUACCUGUGAAAUUCCUAUUUUCCCACACAGACUGGUUUCAAAAUCCCCCCCC